GCCAGUUCCAUCACUUGUAUAUUUGUGACAAACGUUUUACUGAGACGAACUGAAGCUGGAAAAUGCCUGUGAGUAAACCUCUGCCCACGGGCACCACCCAGAAUCAGCCAACUUCUAAAAUCCCAGUGCCUACAAGAAACAUCAAAACCUUGCCUGCGACCACAAGUUCUCAAGCAGGCGGUAAGACCAAAGUCUCUGAAAAAGAAGGGGUCCCUCAGACAGAAUUGGAAAAACUGGACUCCCUACGAUCUAAACUGGACCAAUCCGUAGAUGCAUUCGUCAGAGCCAGGAAAGAGCUGGAGGAAAUAUUGCCAGUAGAGGGCAGCAGUGAACAAGGACGUCCCCUCACUGGAUCUUCUGUUGACCUGAGGACUGAGCUGAGGAGACACAGAGAACUGACGUCCAGAGCAGCUUCAUCUUUAAAAGGCCCCAACAAUCACACUCAAGAUCCUGUGAAGAAGGGCAGCUCCUACCAGUUUCUCAAGUCCAUUAUGAGUUGA